AGUUUCAAUCGAGACUUUCGAUAUACAAAUUAAUUUUAAGACAAGCUACGUGUAAUUAUUAUUAAUUAAUUAAAACAGGACACUAAAUAGCUAAAGCUGUUAUAUAUAAAAUUAUUAUCAAUUUGAGAUUUGAUUUAUUUUGUAACGCAUUUUUGGUGACGCAGUUCUAAAUUUUUAGGGAAACGGACACCAAAUGUUUGAAAUUAAGUUGAUCGUCGAUGCUAAUAACCAAACCAAAGUUUUGUUUAGUUACAGGCAAGUUUAGGUUUAAUUGUUCCAUGUCACGCCGCUGGAACAUCAUUGCCAACAUAUAUGUUUAUGUAGAUAAUCAUAGGCUGCCACCACUUUAAAAUAGGAAUCGGGUUGCGAACUCUGAACACUGUGAAAAUGGCCCCUAACGCAGAAUUGUUCCGCAACGCAAGAUGGCUGAUGAUAGCGAGUGGAACAUGGCGCUUGGACAUUCCAAAUGUUCCGAAAUCAUUUUAUAAAUUUUACAAAAUAUAUUCCACAGCAAUCCAUCUAUACUAUUCUUCUACACCUGUUGCACUUUUAUUGGAGUUGUAUUCCCUCUUUAAAUACGAUAAAGUUGCAGGCUUUGAAAAUAUAUCCAUGUUCAUUUAUAUGGUAAUCUUGAUUGUAAAAAUUCGAAUUUGUCAAUCUAGACGAGUGAUAGAGCUGUUGCGAACUUCUCUAAAAGAGGAAACUGACAUUCAUUCUCAAUCGGAUAAAAACAUUUUAAAGAUUUACAAAAGCCACGUAAGCUAUUGCACAAAAAUUACAACAUUUCUCACAGUUUUGGUAGUUUGGAGUGCUAUUUACCUUUCCGGUUCGGGCAUAAUAAAUAGCUGGACGUUUCCAGAGUUCGUAUCAAACGAGACCGUCAGCAAACCAUUGCCGCUGUCUCUGUGGUAUCCCUUUGAUAAGAACAAACAUCACAACUUCGUACUGUCUCACCAGAUCACCCAAAUAAUGUUGACUUCACUUUUUAGUGGGUCGGUGCACACGUUUUCUAAUUCGGUGAUGAUAUAUUUAAGAGCACGGCUAGUAAUUCUGCAACAUCAGUUCAAAAACUUUGACUCAAUAACGGCUUGCACUGAGUCUCCGAAAGUGGAUCUUGCUGGACAUCUCCGUCUAAAAGCCCUUAGCAUUAAGCAUCAACGACUUAUUAGAAGUGUACAUAACUUGAAUCAGUUGCUGCAAGGUAUUAUGGUCCUAGAAUACAGUGUGACUUCCGUUGUUUUGGCCGCCGUUAUAUUUCAGAUACUUGAAAGAGAAGAGCUAAUAUUUAACUGUUCGUAUUUUGUCUUGGUAACUUGUCAGUUAAUGGCCCUUGCCUGGAAUUCGGAUCAAAUUAUUGUCCAAAGUUUUGGAUUAUCCACGUCACUUUAUAGCAGUCGAUGGUAUGAACAAGAUCUAACAACGAAACGCAUGACUCAUAUAAUGAUCAUGAGAUGUCAAAAACCUUUAUGUCUGACGAUUGGUUCUUUUGGAGCAAUGACUACUGAUGCAGCUCUUUCUCGAUUAAAAUUAGCAUACUCCUAUAUCUCCGUCAUGACAUCUUAAAUUCUAACGUCCUAAUUCGGUGGAGUUUUUAGUGUAAGUAACUUAUUAGAAAACGUAACCUAAAUUAUAUAAAUGAUUGAAAUUAAACGUCAAUAGAAUUUGUUUUCCAGCCCAUAAAUAAUUCCAUUCGAACCUUAGCAAGAUAAAACAAAAAAUACUCUUUAAACAAGAAAAUAAUAUUUACUGCAGCCUGCAACAGAGGAUCCAUAAUUUGUCUACAUCAAUAAUCUCCAACCGCAAUCACAACUACACUAUAACAUCUGCUUAUCAUGUGCAGAUUACAAAAAUUACUACUUUGUUAUUAUUAGUAACACUUCUUCAGCAAUCUUUUAAUUAAACAUGUUGCCACUAAUGUAUGGGGUGUUCAUUUCGAAUGGGAUGGCACAAGCUUAUUUUGUUGUCAUGCUUCAACAGACAUAUAUAAAUUAUUAAGAAAAGUUGAUAUUUUGAUUGUUCUGGAUUAUUCAAAAAGUCAACAAAGCCUAUAAAAAAUAAAAAUUAGGUUUAGUUUUUCAUCUAGAGGUUAGUUUCACAUAUACGAUGUCCUCUAUAAUCAACGCUACAUACAAAGAAUUAUUUUAUUUGUAUGGGAUGGCAUUCCCAUUUCAAAAUUCAAAUUCGUCUUUGCAAUGUUUUCUUAAAACGAUUUUUUAAAACAGCUUUUUAGAUGCUUAUUCGCACAAAAAAGUUCUAUCCAUGGCGAAUAUAUUUUUUUAAACAUGUAGCGAAUAUUAUCUAUAUCACAAAACACUAACCUUCAAAAUAUUCAUAUAUAAUUAUGUCCAUAUUACUGUAACACGCGUAAUUAUUUAACCUCUAGUAGAAACUAGAUAAUCUUUAAGAAGCUUGGAGACCAUAUUUUAAUCUAAAACGAAUGACACCAAGUCCGUCGGAUAUGCAGCAACCUGGAAUCACACGUUGAAUGCCGCCAAAAGAAAUGCAUUAAAAAUAAGAUACUUCGAACCUUUGCGUGUAGCUAAAUUAGAGGUUUGUAUGCGAUUCCGAAAGGAAUGUUUGUGUUGCCAUUUGCCACCUAGUAAUCAAAGGGAUAUAAGAAACAGAUUUAUUAAUACCACAUAGGCGCCGAAAGAAAAAUACCUAAUCAGACCUUAUGAACUUCUACAGUAGAACAAAGUGUUCUAACAAGUCAAUAUUUGAUAAUAAAUAAUAAAUAAAAUUUGCUCAUAAAAACCGUAACAGACUUUAGCUACUAACUACCCAUCAUUAAGUAAAGCAAUAACUGAAUCUGGGGUGCGGAAGGAAAUGAUUGAAAUACCACUGGUUUAACGUAUUACAAAUUCUGUCUGUGAGAAGCGGAGACAAACUGACAUAUAAAAGACUGGUAUCUGAGGAAAAAAAAUCAU